AUGAAGGAUUCACCUACAUUAUUAUGUGGUUUAAAACUUUAUUUUCAACAACGUACUGAUACUGAACAAAAUCGUUUAUUAACCAUUUCUCCAGAUAAUUGGGGUCGUACAUUAUUAUUAAAAACCAUUAAGGGUAUUCUUGCUUUUCCUGAAUAUUGGAAUGGAAAUAAACCUCUAAGUGAGGACACAAUUAAAUUAGUAAAGGAAUUUUAUUUACAAGAUGGUACUAGUCGAGCUUCAUCACGAAAAAAAGAUGUUAUGCGUAUUGAUAAAGUACCAGUACCAGUUCGAUUUAUGGAAAUGACGGGACGUGAAGCAUAUCAGCAAUUCAUUAUACAAAAUCCUACAUUUGUUUAA